CACUAAGUGGUAUAUGAUGCCAUUGCACUCGCAGAAAUUAAUAUUAUUUGUAAUACAAAGAAGUUUGAAAAAUUGUAUAUUACUUGUAGGUGGUAUCUUUGUCGCGUCAUUAGAAGGUUUUGCUACGGUAAUAUUAUUUUUUCAUGUAUGGUUUUUUAACAUAUAGUAUUACUUUCAACAUAUGUAUUUAUCUUUUUAUGGAUUUUUUAUCUUUUUAUUUUUAUUCUUCUUGUUCUAGAGUAUGAGCUUAUCCAUGUCUUAUUUUAUGGUACUUUAUUCAGUGCGAUGAUAUUGUAAACGACAAUUACUUACUUACAGUUAAUAUUAUAUAAAAAAAGCAAAAUUUUAAUUAAUAGUAAUGUAUUAUUGCGAGUCUUAAUCACGCUCUCACGUUUAGGAAAGAAAAGACAACAUUCUUUUAACGCGAAUAAGAACUUUGUUAAUCCCAUUCUACAAGACUAUGUUUAUAAAAGUAUUCGCCCACGAACAAAAACAGAGAAUCGGAGCAACGUCUGCUUCAACGCACGAUCUCUCUUCAACUUCCCGUUGAUUCCUGUUGCCAAACUCUUGACAACUGACCGCAGUGACCGAUCAAUACCGACUAUUGGACUCGCGGUCGAAGAGUACACUGAGCAGCGUAACAGUAUAAUACAAUUUAAAGAUUUUAUAAUUACAUACUUAUAAUUAUAAUUCCACCAAAUUAUAAGUCAUCACAAAAUAUUGUGUUUCUUUUCAUGUACCAAAGAAUAUUUUAUGAAAUUACUUUAUUUCUUUAUUACUUAAUUUCUACUUCCGUAAAAUGUCAAAAUUGUAUUAAUCAUAAUUUUGAAUAUUUAUAAUUUAUGUUAUUUUAUAAAGUUUAAUAUAAAAUGUAAUAUAAUGUGUAAAUAUACAACGCUUUGUCUCUAUGUAUCUUAUGGAUAAAAUUAUAAAACGUGCAUGACAAACAGAAUAAUACUAAUAGAUAGAUAGAUACUAAGUGAAAUAAAGUAACUGUAACUGCUUUUGCACAAUAAAUGAAAUAGAGAGAAUAAUUCCAAGAAACACUUUGACAAAAGUUUGUGAAAUGACACAUAAAAUAAAAGCAUAAUUUACAUAAUUACUGGUUCCAGCAACUUUUCUCAUCAUACUGCGAAUAUUACCUUUAUUUUAUCAUUAUUUUUCUCGCUUUACAUUAUAUAGCUAUUAAAUUGGAAUUUGUGAGAUUGGAUAAUAUCUGAAGCUAUAGAGAGAAGUUUUUCUCUUCCCUCCCAAAGGAAAAAUAGUAUCUAGUAAAGAGUUACUAUUAGAAAUGAAAGAGGACAAAGCACUUUGAACACGUGUAAGCGAGGAACUUCUUAAAGAGGAAUGGAAUUUCUUGGAUAUCAGUACUAUAAACUAUAUCGAAUCUUUCUAUUGUCACUUGGUCUGUGGCCAUAUGAUAGCUCAUUCUUUAAGCGAAUUUACAUGAUUUUCUGUAUUUUUACGCUUCUGUUUUCGAUAAUUACUCAGUUUUUGAAACUAUUUACAACGGAAUGCAAUCUGGUGUUUGUAUUGACUGAUCUAUCAUUCGUUAUUCCUUGCAUAGCUUAUCUUUUAAAAUACAGUACUUUUUGUAUACAAUCUCAAAAGAUUAAAAAAUUAAUGGAACAUAUUCGAAUUGAUUGGACUGUGUUACAAGACGAAGAAGAAAUCGAAAUAAUACAGAAAUAUGCCAAAACCGCAAGAAGAUAUAUGUACGCAUUUGUGGGCGUAGCAUAUCCGGGCACUAUUGUUUACAUUUCUAUACCCAUUUUGCCAGAUUUUCUUGAUAUAGUGUCACCAUUAAACGAAUCACGUAAGCGAUAUCUUCCAUUUCUAGCGGAAUAUUUUUUGGAUGAACAAAAAUAUUUUUACCCCAUAUUAUUGCAUAUGGCCAUAACUAUUGUCAUAGGAGUUGUAACUGUUGUAACUACAGAGACAUUGACUUUUGCGUAUGUUUGUCACGUUUGCGGUAUGUUUGAAAUAGUUAGUUAUCGAAUAACGUGUGCAUUGGAUAAAAGUAUAUCAAUAUUAUUAAACGAGGAAAAUAUGAUUCGUGUCAAAUUAAUUGGCGCUGUAGAAAUUCAUCAAAAAGCUUUUAAAUUUUUUGAAUAUUUAAUAUCUACGUUUUCAUUAUCCUACUUUAUUCUAAUCAUUCUGGGUGUAGUUUCUCUGAGUCUAAACUUAUUCCGUCUUUUUCAAACUGCUACUUUACCAGACCAAAGAAAAGAUUUUGCACCAUACGUGAUAUUUGUACUAGCUCAUUUCUAUUAUAUGUUUAUAUGUAAUUACAUGGGACAGAAAGUUAUAGAUAGUAGUACAGACAUUUUUAGAAAAGCAUAUGAUACACAAUGGUAUAUGACGCCUAUACAAACACAAAAAUUAUUAUUAUUUGUGAUGCAAAGAACUAUGAAAUCUUGCAAAAUUAUUAUGGGUAACCUGUAUUGUGCGUCAGUGGAGCAAUUUACUACGCUUGCGAGCAUGUCGCUAUCUUAUUUCACAGUAAUUUAUUCUGUGCAACAAUGAAACUUGUAAAAAAAGUGGAAACGUAGUGGUUAAUAGUAAUUUCUAUUUAAAGAUAACAGAACAUCCUUAGAACAUCAAAAAUUUUAAAUUAAGAAUUUAAAUGACCUAUUAUACUCUAUUAAUAAAUAGGCUGUUAUUUAUCUGUGAAUACUGUGUUAAUAAAUAAUAAUUUGCACUCUUGUAAUAUCUCUUUUAAUUAAUAUGUAGUUUUAUAUUAUUGUUGUAUUAAGUAAUUAAAAAGAAAUUUAUGUUAAAAUGGACCAAUUUUUGGAACAGUAAAGUAAUAUAAAAAGAAUUAUAUAUUAAUUCAAAAUUAAUUGCACUUUACGUAAAUUUAAUAAUCCUUUAUAUUUGCUACCUAUUAUUCUUAUGGGUUACAUUUUAAUAAUAGUGAUUAGGUAGUACACUAAAAAAAUUUAGAAUUAUAUCGGGUGAUUUGCGCCACAUAAGUAUCAGCAAAAGAAAUUGCGUAUUAUCACACAAUUUCUUUCGUUUCAUCUUGAAAUA